ACGAAGCUUCUGUUGUUAGGCCUAGUUGUUCAAGCGAUGGCCGUGGAUUAUGUACACCAUCCGAUCCAGUACCAGUCAAAAACCGAUCAAAACACGUACAAUUUCGGUUACGACACGGGUUUGUUGGGUGCCCACUCUUUCCAUCACGAACAUAGAGACGACAACGGAAUUGUUCGAGGACGAUACGGGUACACCGGACCUGAAGGAAAGUUAAAGGUGGUAGAGUACGAGGCAGGGCCAGCAGGUUACAGGGUAACAGGUGGUUACAAUCCUAAUGAACCCCAGAGUAACACAAUUGAUGGCGAUCUGCUUGAUGUAGAAAAUACAUCAAAAGACUUCGAUCAGGUUUCCGUCGACCCUGAAGCUCACACUUCACUUCCUAUGACGACAGAAUCCUUGCUCGAAGCAAAAACAAUCAUGACGAAAUUUGAACUAGUUUCAGAAAAUAGCAACGACAAGCUAAACGACACAGUAACAGCACCUAAUACAGGAGUAGAACAGCGUUUAGAGGACGAGAAAAACCGACUUCAAACUUUAGACAAUACCAACUCAACAGCUGACAGUGGAGAAGACUCAAACCCUGAACUUGUGACGAAAACAGUCUCCACGAAUCUGUUUGAUCGUUUACCACCCAUUUUAUCUUCACGUUUUUAUAUCACACAUCUGACAUUACGAGCUUACAACCAACUUGUACGUCGAAGAUGGCCAUUUUACAUCCACUUGCCCCAAACUUGGGCCUUUGGGGCUCCAAAUUACUAUGCUAGAUAAAAUAUUUGGCCACCAAACAAAAUAAUUAUUAUUUUUCUCCACGUUAUUAUGAAGCUGUCUUAAGCUGUAAUAGCUAAAGUAACAUUUG